UGGACUUUGGCUUAUGUUUUGGUGUUGUGAACUUAAUUAGUUUUAUUAUUAUUUUCAGUAGUCAUGUCCACUGAAAAUUCAUCUAUUCCUCAAAAUACAUACACCUCAAGUAAUGCAGUUGGUGAAAAUAUUGAAACAAAUAUUGAGGUGAAUGAACAAGCUGGAGCAUUUGAAAAAAUAGGAUUACAUUCCAAUGACCAUGAUACACAACAAAAUGAAGAAACAGUUAGCCAACAAGAUUUUCAAACAAACAAGAGAAAAAAGACAUCAUGUGUGUGGGAUGAUUUUACAGUUAUUGAGCCAGAUGGAAUAAAGAAGGCAAAAUGUAACCAUUGUCAUCAACAAUUCACAUUAACUAAAUCGGGCACCACAAGUAGCUUGAAGAGGCAUCAAGCUAAAUGUGUUACAAGAAAGACAAAUUUGAAGAUGAUUGAUCAACAAAUGAAGUUAAAUUUUUUGCCAAGUGAGGGAGUUUCAUCUUCCAUUCCUCCAUUACAUCCUGGAAAGUUUGACAUGGAAUUAAUGAGGGAGUCUGCUACUCAUUGGAUCAUGAUGCAUGAACAUCCAUUUACCAUUUUAGAAGAAGUGGGAUUCAACAUUAUGAUGAAACGAGGUAUGCCCGAGUGGAAAAAAAUUAAUAGAAACACAAGCAAGGCAGAUUGUUUGAAAGUUUAUGAGCUUGAAAAGAAGAAGUUGAAGAACAGUCUUGAAUGCAUUAGUAAAGUAAGUUUGACAACAGAUUGUUGGAAAUCAAAAAAUCAAAAGAUUGAGUACAUGGUUGUCACUGGCCAUUGGAUUGAUUCUUCGUGGAGAUUGCAAAAGAGAGUUUUAAGCUUCAUCAACAUUCCACCACCGAGGGGAGGUCUUCAGAUUUCUGAUGCCAUAUUCAAAUGCAUGAAAGAGUGGGGCAUUGAAAAGAAAGUUUUUACAAUUACAGUUGAUAAUGCUUCAAGUAAUGAUUCUGCUAUUCGGUAUAUGAAGGAUACACUCCAAAGAUCAAGAAGUUUGGUAUGUGGAGGACGUUUAUUUCAUGUUCGUUGUUGUGCGCACAUUUUGAACUUGUGUGUACAAGAUGGAUUAGAAGAGAUCCGACACAUCAUUAGUGAUGUUAGAGAUAGUGUGGAAUAUGUGAACCGAUCAGAGGCUAGGCGUAUACAAUUUGCAGAUUGUGUGCAACAAUUGCAAUUGAAAGAUAGAAAAUUGAUUCGUGAUUGUAAGACUAGAUGGAACUCGACUUUUGAGAUGUUAAGUUGUGCACUUAAGUUCAAAGAAGCUUUUAAGAUGCUACAAGAUCGUGAUCCAUUCUUUGACAGUUGUCCAUCGGAAGCUGAUUGGGAUAAUGUUAGCAAAGUUUGCUCAAUAUUAGAGGCUUUUUGGAUAGCAACUCACGUAAUUUCAGGUUGUGAGUACCCAACUUCAAAUUUAUUUCUUCAGGAAGUUCAAAAAAUCAAAUCAGCAUUGGAUGGUCGUGUAGAUGAUGAAGAUUCCUUUAUUCGAAAUUUGGUUCUGAUAAUGAAGAUGAAGUUUGAUAAAUAUUGGGGUGAGUGUAAUUUGUUGAUGGCUAUAGGUGCUGUAUUUGAUCCAACAAAAAAAAUGCUUGCAGUUGAAUUUUGUUUUCCUAGACUUUAUUCUAGUAAGGAAGCUGCAGAAAAUAUUUCAAAAGUGAAGGAGAUCAUUAAUACUCUUUAUGAAGAGUAUGUUGCUAAAUCAAUCAACCAAGGAAUUUUUACAAGUCCGGCAGGUUCUUCAAUGGCUUUUGAGAGCCAAGUCAGCCACCAAAGUUCUACACAUACUUGGGAUGAUUUUGAUGCAUAUUGUGCACAAGUUGAGACUGCAGAACCUAAAAGAUCAGAGUUAGUGGACUAUUUAGAAAAAGGGCGUCUUAAAAAGAAUGAGCUUCCUAGUGACUUUUCUUGUUUGGACUGGUGGAAGAUGAAUAGAAUGCAGUAUCCAAUACUGUCAAGAAUGGCGGCAGAUAUUUUAGCUAUACCUGUUACUAGUGUGGCUUCAGAAGCAACGUUUAGUGCUGGAACAAGGGUAAUUGAUUCUUAUCGUGCAUCAUUGUUACCGGAAACAGUACAAGCUUUACUUUGUGGGGGUGAUUGGCUUCGACAUAUACACGGAGUUACCAAAAAUAAAAAAGAUAAAUCGUACCAAGAAAUUUAUCUACCUUUAUCCAACUCAUGAAAGUACGAUGAAGACUUGUAGUUGAUGUGGAAUUGUCAGCUUGUAUGGACUAUUGAGUACUUUGAACUAUGCAGUUUGGACUUAUGAUGUAUUAUUAGUAAUGUAUGAGUACAAAAAUUAUUAUUAUUAUUUGAUGCAUCAUGCAUGUAGUUAAUUAAGUCAAAUUCGAGCUCCAACACGAGCUCGAAC